AUGCUACUUUACUUCUUCAUUACUUGUUUCUCCGUCAUCCUAUUUUUAAAGCCCCUUUCUCUCAAGCCUUUGCCUCCAUGGGCAAGUGAAAUGAGAUUGUUGUCAUUCUGGUUCUUGAAGGACUUGUUUCUCUUCUCUAAUUUAGGGUCAUUAAGGAAUACCAUUUUGAGUGCUUUUUAUAUCAAUAGAAUUCCUUUAAAAAUGUCAACUAAGAAGAUGAAUCUAAGUUCAAGUGCAAGAGCAGAAAAAAGUGCUCUUGAUGGUGAGGUUGGAGGGAUGUCUGUUUUGGACUUGCCUGAAUUGGCCUUGGAAUGCAUUCUUGAGAAGUUGCCUCCUGCAGGGCUUUGUAGCAUGGCAGGUGUGUGUACUUCUUUGAGGGAAAGGUGUGUGAGUGAUCAUUUGUGGGAAAAGCAUAUGAAGCAGAAAUGGGGCAGGGUUAUUGGCCCUGCUGCUUAUAGGGAGUGGCAAUGGCAUUUAGCUUCGAGAAAGGAUUUCGGAAGUUUCAAACAAGGCAAGCCAAAAGGAUUUAUGAGGCUUCUGUCAAUGUUUUGGGCUUCUUCGUGGGGUACCCCAAAGGUUGAUCCUAUUAACAAUAGCAAGCAGAGGAGUCCUCUGCCUGUUAAUUCAAUCAUGUCCUGGUACCUUGCUCUUGAGACUGGAAAGUUCUGGUUUCCUGCUCAAGUCUUUAACCGCGAGAAUGGGCACGUUGGAUUCAUGCUAUCAUGUUAUGAUGCUGAUCUGAGCUAUGAUCCCCGGACGGAUGCAUUUCAAGCCAGGUACCCACCACAUGGAAGGAGAGCAAUUGCCAUAGAGAGUGGUGUGCCAUGGGAAAGGCUUAGAGCACAACCCGUUGAUACCUCUCCACAUGAUCUACAUAUCUCUGAUUGCCUGCAUGAUUUACGCCCCAGCGACCACAUUGAGAUUCAGUGGAGAAGAAACAAAGAAUUUCCUUAUGGUUGGUGGUAUGGUGUUGUAGGUCACUUGGAGUCAUGUGGUGGGAAUGAAAAUUAUUGCCGGUGUCAUAAUAGUGACACUGUAGUGUUGGAGUUCCACCAGUAUACUCCUGGCUCACGGUGGAGAAGCACAACAGUCAAUAGGAAGGAGCAUCGGGAGGAGGGGAAUGAGGCAGAUGGCUUUUACGGAGGGAUCAGAAAGCUAUAUAACAAUGAAGAUAUUGCCAGGUGGAAGAGGCUUUGGCCGACGGAAGUGUUGGAAUAG